AUGUCGAAAGCGUAUAAUUUCGAUUGGCAAAUUGAAGUAUCAGCUCGUCUGCUCAAAGGCGAUUAUUUCGAUCGUUGGGACGAAGAAAAUGGCACAUUAGAACAAAAUUGUUUAUUUCGUGUGGACAGUUAUGGCUUCUAUAUCUACUGGCAAAGUGAAGGACGAGAUGGGCAAGUUAUUGAAUUAUCUCAAGUCAGCGAUAUACGACCAGGAAAAGCUCCAACUGAUACGAAAAUUGCAAGUGAUCUUAUGGCUAAUUCACUUGUUUAUGGUCGUGGUAAUAUCGAUGAACGAACAGUAACCAUCUGCAGCGGAAUCGAUUUUGUUCAAAUUAGUCAUACAAAUAUAACCGGUGUCGAUCAGGCUACGGCCAAAGCAUGGAUCGAAGGUCUGAGAAAAAUUACGCAUAAUCACAAAGCAAACAACAUAUGCCCUACGACGAUUUUACGCAAACAUUGGAUGAAGUUAUCUUUUAUGUUAAAUGUUAAUAAAAAGAUUCCCGUUCGAAGCAUUAGUAAAACAUUCGCAUCAGGUAAAACAGAAAAGCGUAUCUUCGAAAUCUUAAAAGAGCUUGGCUUACCCAGCGGAAAGAACGAUGAAAUUGAUCCAACGGAUUUCACCUUUGAAAAAUUUUGCGAUCUGUAUCAUAAAAUCUGUCCUCGAACGGAUAUUUCCGCAUUAUUUGAUGAAUUAUCCGGCGGAAAAGAUUACAUAACAACAAAACAAUUUGUUGAUUGGCUUAACGAAACUCAACGCGAUCCUCGUCUCAACGAAAUUCUUUUUCCACACUAUGAUACAAACAGUGCAUUACGUAUUAUCGACCGAUAUGAACUACGUGCUAAUUAUCGGGAUCGUGGACAUUUGUCAUGUGAUGGCUUGACUCGAUAUUUGAUGUCGGAUGAAAAUGCUCCUGUUUUCCUUGAUCGAUUGGAAGUUUAUCAUGAUAUGGAUCAACCAUUGUGCCACUAUUUGAUUAAUUCAUCACAUAAUACUUAUUUGCAAGGACGACAAUUUGGUGGCCGAUCAUCGGUGGAAAUGUAUCGGCAAGUUCUGUUAGCUGGUUGUCGGUGUAUUGAACUGGAUUGUUGGGAUGGAAAGAAUGAUACUGAGCCAAUCAUUACACAUGGAAAAGCGAUGUGUUCGGAUAUUAAUUUUAAAGAAGUUGUUUUUGCCAUUCGAGAUACAGCGUUUGUUACAAGUGAUUAUCCGGUUAUACUCUCCUUUGAAAACCAUUGUUCCAAACCUCAGCAAUUUAAAUUAGCCAAGUAUUGCGAGGAAAUUUUGGGCGAUUAUUUAUUAACCAAGCCAUUAGAGUCUCAUCCACUUGAACCUGGUGUACCAUUGCCAUCACCGAAUGGAUUAAAACGAAAAAUUCUUAUAAAAAAUAAACGAUUAAAACCUGACGUUGAAAAACGACAUCUCGAAUUGUUUCUUAAAGGUCUCGACACCGAAGCAAACUAUGAUAACGACUUAGACUCAGCUGCUAAUGUCGAAGGUGAAGACGGACCUGCUGCGUUUGUUGAUACAGUUAAAUUGCGCGAAGAAGAUGACGAAGCUCACCCUGAACUGAAUGUUGAUUCGAAUGAUGAUGUCAAUCGACGGACAUUACUCGGACAAUUAGGCAUUAAAUUUAAAGAGAAAACUAAUCUUUCUCGCGAAGAAGAGGAAGCAUUAAUGAAUCGUUAUCAGUACAAAGGUGCAACAACGAAUAUUCAUCCAUUACUAUCUUCACGUGUUAAUUAUGCCCAACCGAUAAAAUUUUCCGGUUUCGCGAAAGCUGAAGAACGCAAUAUUCAUUAUCAUAUGUCAUCAUUUUCGGAAAAUGUUGCUUUGCAACACUUAAGGCAGAAUCCGAUUGAAUUUGUUAACUAUAAUAAGCGACAAAUGUCGCGUAUUUAUCCGAAAGGUGGACGGGUCGAUUCAUCGAAUUAUAUGCCUCAAAUCUUCUGGAAUGCCGGUUGUCAAAUGGUUUCACUAAAUUUUCAAACACCUGAUCUUCCAAUGCAAUUAAACUUAGGCAAAUUUGAGUAUAAUGGCAAUUGUGGGUAA